CCUGCGAUAGCCACGGGGCGAGGUCGUCGGUUCGGGGCAGAGAGGCAGUGCCUGUGCUGGUCCGUAGUAGUUUCGGCUCAAGGCCGCUCUGGCGCAGGGCGGCUCGUCCCGCCGCUGCGUCUCCAGCGGCGCAGCGCGGGCCAUGGAGCAGGGCAAGAAGCGCCAGGCGGACCCGCUCCCGGAGCUGAAUCCACGCACCUACACGGUCCAGAGAGUGUUGGGGAGAGGCUCGUUCGGCCUGGUGUACCAGGCGAGUGUCGAGGAGUCGGGAGAUACCGUGGCCCUGAAGUCCACGCGCAUGAAGAAGGCGGGGGGGGACUCGUGGAUCCAGAUGAACGGCGAGAACGAGCGCGAGGUGCAGGUCUUGAAAGAGUUGGACGGGCAUCCGAACAUCGUGAACUUGCGCGGUGCUUUCUUGACAAAGUCGGACGAUAACAACGGUGAGUACAAGUUGAACCUCGUUUUGGAAUACAUGUCUGACACCUUGCACCGAGUCCUCAAGCAUUACAUGAAUGUCCUCCGGAAAAACAUGGACCAGUAUUACGUCCAAUUGUACCAGUAUCAGUUGAUGCGGGGGCUUGCCUUCGUCCAUGGCCAAGGAAUCAUGCACUGCGAUCUGAAGCCGCAGAACCUCCUCCUUGACGGACGAACGCACACGCUGAAGGUGGCCGAUUUCGGCACGGCUAAACGGCUUCAUGUUGGCAGGUCGCUUUCAUCUUAUGUGUGCAGCAGAUACUAUCGGGCCCCGGAGCUCAUCCUAGGGGCCACCAAUUAUGGCACCAGUGUCGAUCUCUGGUCGGCUGGGUGUGUCCUGGGGGAGAUGAUUCUGGGCCAGCCGAUGUUCACGGGAAGCAACGGGAUCGAUCAGCUGGUGCAGAUAAUAAAGGUCAUGGGCACUCCUUCUCCCAAGGAGCUGCAGGCAAUGAACCCCUGCUACCCGCCGUACUCUUUCAAGCCCGAUGUCGCACCGCUGACAUGGGAUGAGGUGUUCAAGCACAUGGCCUCGCGGGAUGCGUGCGACCUGGCGGCGCAGCUUCUGAAGUUCGACCCCGCUGGCAGACUGCCGCCCUUGUACUGCCUCAUGCAUCGGUUUUUCGACGGCUUGCGAGCAGACGAGAAGGAGGAGCACCGAGUGCUCUUCGACUUCCUGCCGGACGAGCUCAUGUGGUGCAGCUCGAGUGAGAAGGAGCGCCUGGUGCCGCGAUGGAUGCAGACACCUGCUGGCUAGAGUGCGGGCGCCUGUCGGGCGCCUGGUGGUGCUCACGGCCGUCUCCUCGCUGCUGCUUCCAUGCCGUCCUCGUGCUGCAGGCGGGGGGGGGAACAAGAACAGGCUGUGCUUGCUCUGGCAUGCAGCGGAGGCCCGAAGAGUUCAGCGAUCGAUGCGUUCCAUUUC